AUGUCUGCGACCUUCUUCUUCUUCUUCUUCAUCACCGACAACAAGUUCCACGAUAACACUUGCUGCAAUACCUACCACAACAACACUUCCAGCGACAUCAACGACAUAGCAUCAUACCUUCACGAACAUCAGUCACGUCACCGCCCACGCUCAGUCACUCGGCAUCAUCCAACUUAUCAGCAGCCAGUCUACAUUCCAGAGAUGCGGAGAAGGAGAGAGACUGGAGAGAGCUUCUCGGAUGAUGGCUGGCCUUGGACGCAGAUCAUGCGAUUUUGA